UGCGGCAGCUGCUGCUGUGGCUCGGGCGGCGGCGGCGAGAGGGGGCUCCGGGGUCGGACGGUCGGCUCUCCCUGCGCUCUCCGCACCGCGGCGUAAAGGAUGUAUUUUGUGAUCGCAGCGAUGAAAGCUCAAAUUGAAAUUAUUCCAUGCAAGAUCUGUGGAGACAAAUCGUCAGGAAUCCAUUAUGGUGUCAUUACGUGUGAAGGCUGCAAGGGCUUUUUCAGGAGAAGUCAGCAGAGCAAUGCCACCUACUCCUGUCCUCGUCAGAAGAACUGUUUGAUCGAUCGAACCAGCAGGAACCGCUGCCAGCACUGUCGGCUGCAGAAAUGCCUUGCCGUGGGCAUGUCUCGAGACGCUGUCAAGUUUGGCCGGAUGUCCAAGAAGCAGAGAGACAGCUUAUAUGCUGAGGUGCAGAAGCACCGGAUGCAGCAGCAGCAGCAGCGAGACCACCAGCAGCAGCCUGGGGAGGCUGAGCCGCUGACGCCCACCUACAACAUCUCAGCCAAUGGGCUGACGGAACUGCAUGACGACCUGAGCACCUACAUGGACGGGCACACCCCCGAGGGCAGCAAGGCCGACUCGGCCGUCAGCAGCUUCUACCUGGACAUCCAGCCCUCCCCUGACCAGUCGGGACUGGACAUCAAUGGGAUCAAACCCGAACCCAUAUGUGACUACACACCAGCAUCUGGCUUCUUUCCCUACUGCUCCUUUACCAACGGAGAGACUUCCCCAACUGUAUCCAUGGCGGAACUAGAACACCUUGCGCAGAACAUAUCCAAAUCCCACCUGGAAACCUGCCAGUACUUGCGGGAAGAACUACAGCAGAUAACAUGGCAGACCUUCCUGCAGGAGGAGAUCGAGAACUAUCAGAACAAGCAGAGAGAGGUGAUGUGGCAGCUGUGUGCCAUCAAGAUUACAGAAGCUAUCCAGUAUGUGGUGGAGUUUGCCAAACGCAUUGACGGAUUUAUGGAGCUGUGUCAAAAUGAUCAAAUUGUGCUUCUAAAAGCAGGCUCUCUAGAGGUGGUGUUUAUCAGGAUGUGUCGUGCCUUUGACUCUCAGAACAACACCGUGUACUUUGAUGGGAAGUAUGCUGGCCCAGAUGUCUUCAAAUCCUUAGGUUGUGAAGACUUCAUUAGCUUUGUGUUUGAAUUUGGGAAGAGUUUGUGUUCUAUGCACCUGACUGAAGAUGAAAUCGCAUUAUUUUCUGCGUUUGUACUGAUGUCAGCAGAUCGCUCGUGGCUGCAGGAAAAGGUAAAAAUAGAAAAACUGCAACAGAAAAUUCAGCUAGCCCUUCAACACGUCCUACAGAAGAACCACCGAGAAGAUGGGAUUCUAACGAAGCUAAUAUGCAAGGUGUCUACGUUAAGAGCCUUAUGUGGACGACAUACAGAAAAGCUAAUGGCAUUUAAAGCAAUAUACCCAGACAUUGUGCGACUCCAUUUUCCUCCAUUAUACAAGGAAUUGUUCACUUCAGAAUUUGAGCCAGCGAUGCAAAUCGAUGGGUAAACGUAGUACCCGAGCACUUCUAGACCAUCUGAAGUACAAACAUGAAAAGAAAAAAAAAAAGGAAACAAAACAAUGACAACGAAGACAAAAUUAACUGAGACACUUUCUAUGGCCCUGCACAGCCCUGGAGCGCCACCACACUGCACAGACAUCUUAUGGUGAUCGGGGUUCAGGCACAGAGGGAAAACAAUCAGAACCAAUAAAAGCUAAACUUGUUUUGCUCAUGCAUAUGAUUUCCACUAUGCCGACAGAUAUGGACCCUUUUUCUGUCUCGACUUCUAGAGCGGUUGACCUCUGCAUAUAACAGGAGGAGGGUACUACGGUCAGAGGAGUCCCUUUUCUUCUAGCUCACUGCCCACAGACUCUUACGGGUAACGACAGAGUCCAGCAGUAAUCGGUGACCCCGGUGU